GGGAUAGCAGGCACUGGAGGUCAGAGAAACUCCAAAAUGUCGGUAGCUGGCCUGACGUCCUUGAGUCGCUGCGGUGUUUUGGCUCUCCGCUCCCCCGCCGGACUGACGGGGGUGCGGUAUGUCCAAACAGCAGCAGCUCCUGCAGCGGAACCGAGAAUAAAGAAGUUCCAGGUGUACAGAUGGGACCCAGACACGGCAGGGGACAAACCCCGAAUGCAGACCUACGAGAUUGACCUCAACACUUGCGGCCCGAUGGUUCUUGAUGCCCUGAUCAAAAUAAAAAAUGAAAUGGACUCCACUCUGACCUUUCGCCGCUCUUGCAGAGAAGGUAUCUGUGGAUCCUGUGCAAUGAACAUUAAUGGAGGAAACACACUCGCCUGUCUCAACAAGAUCGACACCAACAUUAGCAAGCCAACGAAGAUUUACCCUCUGCCACACAUGUAUGUGGUCAAAGACCUUGUACCUGACAUGAGUAACUUCUACGCACAGUACAAGUCUAUUGAACCCUACUUGAAGAAGAAGGAUGAGUCUAUGGAAGGAAAGGAGCAGUACCUGCAGACUGUGGAGGACAGACAAAAACUGGAUGGGCUGUAUGAAUGCAUCCUGUGCGCCUGCUGCAGCACAAGCUGCCCCAGCUACUGGUGGAAUGGAGACAAAUAUCUCGGGCCUGCUGUGCUGAUGCAGGCAUACCGCUGGAUGAUUGACUCAAGAGAUGAGUUUACAGAAGAGCGUCUGUCCAAGCUACAGGAUCCUUUCUCCCUCUACCGCUGCCACACUAUAAUGAACUGCACCAAGACUUGCCCCAAGGGUCUGAACCCAGGCAAAGCGAUAGCAGAGAUCAAGAAAAUGAUGGCCACGUACAAGGAGAAGAAGGCCGCUGCCAUCUGAAUCCAUGUUGUCCACUUCUACAACUUUUCCAUCCAUGACAAAUUAUAUAUUGAUGAAAUAUUGCUUAUGAUGGUCUAAAUGACCAGUACACCUUACAACAACAACAACAACACCACCACCACACACGUAUUAAUGUGUGUGUGUGUGUGUGUGUGGUUGGAGGACUUGGUGUUAUACAAACGCACAUUAUAAAGUAUGAAUGCAGGAGAGUGUGUGUGUGUCUGAGUCUGACAUUUACCAUAAGAGAGGUAUUUAUCUCCAACUCCACUGUGUGUCUGUUUAUGCAGUAGGGAGACUUGAUGCUGCAUAUUUAAGUAAAAACAAGGUGUUUUCAUGUGUAAACUUUUCUUACUUUUCAAAGUAGCCGCCAGUUCUUGGACAUAAAGUUUAUAUUUUUCCUCAAGCCAACAACAGACUGUUUGAAUGCAAAAAUAAAUAGUGAAAAUGCUUACAACUGUC